AUGGAACAGUCACCUAAGAUAACUUUGACGACUGUCUCGUGUAUCGGCAGCUACCCCUUGGACGAUAACAGCCAGAAGAUUCUCAGCGCGCACCUGGUCCUAAGGCAGGUUAGAGAUCAAGUUCAGCCUCUACUGAAAAGGAUACGUCCCGGCCACGGCCAUGUUCCCGACUCACUACCACCUACAUACAGUCAGUGGUACCCAUCGCCUUUGAAGCCUCUCCAGUCGACGUUACCAGUUCAUCACCACUCUCACGUUACGGGCAUAAUCAACCAAGUUAGGGUCAUGACGCCUCCAGGUCCUGCGCCCUCGUCGCGGAUGAAAAAGCCCGUCGUUCACGGUUGUUAG